CCGGCUUUUCAGACGACGGUGCGGGAUUGGUUGCUUCUCAGUGUUGGGAAAAUCCCUGCACGUAGAAAUCUAGCACGGCAGGGAUAAACAUGGGUUGCUGCAGUAUGACCUUUCACUGACCGGCUCUGCAAGAAGCACUGCUUCCUCAUGUGCAUCCUUUUCUUUAAGUUUGACCCACGACCUGUUUCCAAAAAUGCAUACAGGCUUAUCCUAGCAGCAAAUAGAGAUGAAUUUUAUCUAAGACCAUCAAAAUCGGCAGACUUCUGGGACAGCAGCAAUGAGAUCCUUAGUGGCUUGGAUAUGGAGGAAGGGAAAGAAGGUGGGACCUGGCUUGGAAUCAGCAAGAAAGGCAAGAUGGCAGCCCUGACAAAUUACAUGCAGCCAAAGAUAGACAAGAAUGCAAAAGGGAGAGGUGCCCUUGUGACAAACUUCUUGACUACAGAGCUGGACAGCUACUCUUACUUGAAGAAAGUUGCCUCCGAAGGACACCUUUACAAUGGGUUUAAUUUAAUAGCAGCUGACUUGAAAGGUAGCGCCCGCCUAAUUGCUGACAGUGGAGGAAAAAAGCCAGAAGCAGCAGGUGCAAACUCCGAUGGGUUGAGUCAUCCGAGUGGCAAGGCCGGCCUCCGUGGAAGGAACACCAUCAAGGGAGAUGUAAUUUACUAUUACGGAAACAAAGGAAGCCCAGAUCCCGUCUUCCUAAAUCCCGGGGUUUAUGGCUUGAGCAACUCUCUGCUGGAUACUCCAUGGAAGAAGCUUCAGUUUGGAAAACAGCUCUUCGCAGAUGUUGUCAAGCGCAGUCAAGACCUCGCCAAGGAAGACCUGGUGCAAGAACUCAUUAAAAUGAUGAACAACCAAGACCCACAGUUGCCGGACCCUGGCAUUGAGGAUCAAGGAAAAGACUACGUCCUCCCCAUGCUGGACAAGUACGCGGCUAUCUGUGUCCGUUGCCCGAAUUAUGGAACCAGAACAAAUACAGUCAUUCUCAUUGAUGGCGAAGGCCACGUCACUUUCACCGAGCGCACGAUGCUGAAUGCAGACGUCGACCAAUGGAAAACGAGCACCUAUCAGUUCAAACUGCAGAUUUAACAGCUUUCCAUUUGAAUGGAUCACAAGAAAAGAAACUGAGAACAAGCUAUUGAAGUUGGGGGUGGGGGAGGCCUUGGAAACGGGCUUUGAAGAGCAGACGCUCAUGAAUGUUGCUGUAGCAUACCCUAGCAACCACCAAAACCGUUUUUUGCACAAAAGCCUUUUUUUUUAAAAAAAAAUUAGCUAUCUAUGUGAACCAGGUUUUGACCUGGUUGCUGUGUUUGACUUUUCCAAAGAGACUCUACCAGGCUACAAGAUUAGCUGGCACAAUUGUGGACGUGGUAUGGGAUACAUAGGAGAGGAUUAUCGUAAUUUCUUCUUUGGCCUGAUAGAGUUGGGGAAACAAAACCAAGAAUCUGCAGUGUGAUUUUAAAAAAAAAUUAUUGUUGAUCUACUGAGCAAGAGCUGUGCAUUCGUUUCAGCAUUUGGGAGUAUUGAUCUCUUUCCGGCCUCCCAGACAGACUUUGACAUUGAAAUGAAUGGUGAAGCUCCUGCUCACAAGGAGCUACACUUGUGUUGAAACUUUGUGACACUUUUCUCCCAGCACAACAGUCUAUUUUUUAAUCACCAUCUAAAAUUUCUUUCUUUAAAAUUGCCUGCCGCUGUUGUGAGCAAUCAAGACAUUUUUAAUCUUAGUGAACUCCCUCUUUUUUUUUUUUACGAACUUCUAAAUAAGAUUCCCGAAGGCUUUCAUGGCCGGGUUCAACUGGCUGUGUGGCCGUGGUCUGGUAGAUCUUGUUCCUGUCAU